AUGAAUGGUCCGAGACCGAGAUUCACAGCACCUUCGGUACGCCAGAACUGCUGUUCCCCUCGGCCUGACUCACUCAUUUCUUCUCUGUCAUGGGGACUCGGUUUGCCGAAAUGGCUGAUAUCUGAGCGCAUGUGUUGGGUGGAGUUAUUGAAAAAAAAUAAUAAACCAAACAACACAAGCCUCGUCCGAGGAGACGAGACGAGAGGAAGCGGAUUGGUUUGGCUUCGUAAAGUGACACGCUGCCCUCGGCCAGACGGUCUAAUUAACCGAGAGACCAUGUACCAACAACAUCUGUUGGCCUCUUUAACCUGGCGUCAAAGGGUGCCUGUCUGUGUUCGCGUGUUUGGUUGGUUUCUAUUGUUUUUCUCGACAAGACUUUAUGAAAUUAUCAACACUCAACCGAGCCAACCGUCUCUCCAGGCUGACUGUUACGUCACUAUGGCCAUUUCUGCCGGGCAGACAUACCAAAAAUGGUCUUUUGGUUGGGAAGACACUCGGCCUCCAUUCACUAGGGAAAUGGGACUUUUUGUUUUAAAACACAUCACACCACAGGACCCCGGCUCGGCCGAGACUCAACACGGCGGCUCAGUUGAGCUCGAGGGCUCGGGCUUGAAGGCUGAGGUAUCGGAUGAAACUUGA